GGACCACAGAGAAACUGCUUCUAUGCAUGCAAAACGGAGAGAGAGACAGGGAAAUGUCAAUAGGGAGGGGGGAAAUACAAGGAGAGAGUGAAACAUUAUCAGUGAGAGAUGAGAGCAGUGUGAAUGAAGCUCACUCUGUGUAUGUGUGCGGACACGCGAGGAUCAGACAGGAGUGUACAAGAGAGGAGCAGAUUAGUCUUGCCUGCUGCAGCAGGGAGGAGGGGGGCCAUGCCACCUGCACCUUUCAGGCACCCUUCAGCACAGCUGCCCUGCAUGCAGACAUGCGGUGGAGGCCAGAGCGGAUGUUCCUAACACUGAUUUAGGGGUUUUCUCUUUAUGGCAGCUGCUAGCAUGGCAACUUCUGCUGAAGACUGGUGGGUUGACUGGCACUCUGAAUCAUAACUCUUUCUCCCCCCCAAAAAAGUGCUUUUGCUAUCUACACCUUGUUGUUUGUUAUAAUGGGACAAAUUUGCCAUUGGAUGGAUUGACACUGACAAUUAAGUUUAGGGAUAACCCCUUCUAUCUGCCAGUUUUAUCCCUCUCCAUGAACCCCUAAACCCGUGUACCCACCUGCACCAUGAGACGAUCGAGCACGGAUGAAUCUACUUACCAUCGCAGUCCAUCCCUGGACAGCAAAGACUACUCUCUUCCCCAGGGCGGUGCAUUCCGGCGCUAUAGCAGCCUCUACGGGGGGCAGUUUGGGGCAUCAGCAGGUGGCUCUUUUUUUGGGUUUCACACUAACCCGGGUCCUAAAGCCACAAAAUCUAAAUACACAUCCCCGAAGGGCAACAAGUAUGUGGUGUUUUACCUGGAUCUCUCCUUCAUUUUCCUCCUAGAGCUGAAGAGGUGCAGGAUGGCACAGAACUGCCUGCAGUGUAUGAAAUAUCUCAUGUUCGUCUUCAACCUCCUCUUUUGGCUGGGAGGAUGUGGAAUCCUUGGAGUUGGUAUCUGGUUGGCUGUAACACAGGGGAACUUUGCCACACUCUCCUCCUCUUUCCCUUCGUUGUCUGCCGCCAACCUGCUGAUAGCUACAGGAACUAUCGUGAUGAUCGUGGGGUUCCUGGGCUGCAUUGGGGCUAUUAAAGAGAACAAAUACCUACUGCUGAGUUUCUUUAUCCUGUUACUGAUCAUCUUCUUAUUGGAGCUCAUCGUGGUUACCCUGUUCUUUAUCUACACUGAUAAAAUCGACAGGUAUGCUCAGCAAGAUCUGAAGAAGGGGCUUCACUUAUAUGGAACCGAAGGCAACAUUGGUCUCACCAACGCAUGGAGCAUUAUUCAGACUGACUUCCGGUGCUGCGGCGUGGCAAACUACACAGACUGGUUUGAAGUGUACAACACAAGUCGUGUACCAGACUCCUGCUGCUUGGAAUUCAGUGAGAACUGUGGCCUGCACUCGCCAGGAACGUGGUGGAAAGCGCCUUGCUACGAGACAGUGAAAAUUUGGCUCCAUGAGAAUCUGUUGGCUGUUGGGAUUUUCGGGCUUUGCACAGCUCUAGUACAGAUCCUCGGACUCACAUUUGCCAUGACUAUGUACUGCCAGAUGGCAAAAACUGACACUUACUACGCCUGAGACACCCACCCCCUUCAUCUCCCUGCUCUCUUGUUACGGAGAUGUUCCCGGGAGGAAUCCACGCGGUUUUCACAGCAGAUCUUCCUUAGUUCUGUUCUUCUUCCUCUGAUACCUUCUCAGACAGCGAGAGCCCUCUGACCCAUCCCAACUUUUCCCAGGUACGCACCAGAGACAGUGGGUGAUAACAGGCCCUGGUAAUGGAGACGGGACACAGUCUGCGAAACUGAAGACUUUGGGAGGGUCAUCUGUGCUUUUCUUGGGUUGGGGGGGGGGGGUGACUGAAGGGCAAGUUUCUAAAAAUGAACUGAAGUGGAUUUUUUUUUGUACCCUAUGAUGACUGGAAACACCUCCUUACCUGCCACUUCCAGUUACCACUGUGUUGCCAGAGAACUGAUCCAGCCUUAUUGGUCUGGGAGAGUUAUCACAUUUACUGCUUAUUCGUGAGAGGCCCAGAGACUGGAGAAUCAGUAGUACUCCGGAUCAUUCUACAAUCAGACACUUUAGGUGUUAGGGAUCAUUAGCAAGGACGACACAAGUACAGUGACAUAUUGAGAUGAACUUUGCAUACAGACUGUGGUUGUUCAGGAGGCAAAUUACUUGACUUGCACCAAUCUGAAGGGAAACCUUUUUUUUUUUUUUUUUCUUACUUUAUAGUCCCCACACGCCAGCUAUUCAAGAAUAUAGAAUUUCUUUUUAUUAAACAUACUUGUGAAUGCACAAGGCUUUUGGCUACUUAAAAACUGACAAACAGAAAUAACUUAGGCCAGUUGCCACUUUGCUGGUAAUGUAAUUAAUACCUAAGAGGUCAUGUUAGCUUGCAGCUGCCAGUAUGGCGCCGGUGCCAGAACAUUCUGUGAGUUGUAGUGCAGUGGCAGAGGGUGGCUACUGGAAGUUUAGGGUCUGCUUUUGCAAGUAAACCACAGAGAAUAUUUUCCCUUAGAUCCAGAUUAUUGUGUAUGGCUGCUCUUACUAGAACAUUGCCUACAAGCCAUAGGGGCAAUACAGUGCUGUAUUGUUUCCUUGCGUGAAUGUACAGUACCUGUGCAUUACAAUCAAUGCUUCUUCUUAAUAUUUUUAGUCAUUAUACUUCAUAGGUUUAAACCUAAAAGAAAUACCAUGCGUCUAUCCGUAGCCACACCAUUUGGCAUGCUGAUGUCUUCGACACUUAUUCUACUCAGUAAAUGCCUGAAAUGGUAUUUUCUCUUGGACCAGAUAGAAUUAGCAUUCACCCCAGCUACUACUACUGGCAAUAUACCAACAUAACUUACUGAUGUGUCAGUACCACCGUCUACUAAGCUGCUGCACAUCCUGCAAUGCAUUACCAGUAACCGGUACUAACCGUCCCGCAAUCCUGCACCAGCUACAAUGCGAGCAUCAUCACUGUAACCAUCCCGGCAGUCCUGCACCAGUUGCAGCACUAACCAUCCCACAAUCCUGCAACAGCUACAAUGUGAGCAUCACUGUAACCAUCCCGCAGUCCUGCAGCAGUAACCGUCCCGCAAUCCUGCAACAGCUACAAUGUGAGUAUCACUGUAACCAUCCCGCGAACCUGCGCCAGUUGCAGCAGUAACCUUCCCGCAAUCCUGUAGCAGUUACAGUGAGAGCAUCAGCGUAACUAUCCCGCAUUCCUGCACCAGUUGCAGCAGUAACCGUCCCGCAAUCCUGCAACAGCUACAAUGUGAGCAUCACUGUAACCAUCCCGCGAACCUGCGCCAGUUGCAGCAGUAACCUUCCCGCAAUCCUGUAGCUGUUACAGUGAGAGCAUCAGCGUAACUAUCCCGCAUUCCUGCACCAGUUGCAGCAGUAACCAUCCUGCAGUCCUGCACCAGUCACUGUCCUGCAGUCCUGCACUAGUUUCAGCAGUAACCAUCCCGCAGUCCUGCACCAGUCACAGCAGUAACCAUCCCGCAAUCCUGCACAGGUUACAGUGAGAUCAUCAGCGUAACCAUCCCGCAAUCCUGCACCAGCUACAAUGUAAGCAUCACUGUAACCAUCCCGCAGUCCUGCACCAGUUGCAGCAGUAACCAUCCUGCAGUCCUGCACCAGUCACCGUCCUGCAGUCCUGCACUAGUUUCAGCAGUAACCAUCCCGCAGUCCUGCACCAGUCACAGCAGUAACCAUCCCGCAGUCCUGCACCAGUCACAGCAGUAACCAUCCCGCAAUCCUGCACAGGUUACAGUGAGAGCAUCAGCGUAACCAUCCCACAUUCCGGCACCAGUCACAGCAGUAACCAUCCCGCAAUCCUGCACAGGUUACAGUGAGAGCAUCAGCGUAACCAUCCCACAUUCCUGCACCAGUCACAGCAGUAACCAUCCCGCAAUCCUGCACAUGUUACAGUGAGAGCAUCAGCGUAACCAUCCCACAUUCCUGCACCAGUCACAGCAGUAACCAUCCCGCAAUCCUGCACAGGUUACAGUGAGAGCAUCAGCGUAACCAUCCCACAUUCCUGCACCAGUCACAGCAGUAACCAUCCCGCAAUCCUGCACAGGUUACAGUGAGAUCAUCACUGUAACCAUCCCGCAAUCCUGCACCAGCUACAAUGUGAGCAUCACUGUAACCAUCCCGCAGUCCUGCACCAGUUGCAGCAGUUACCAUCCCGCAAUCCUGUAGCAGUUACAGUGAGAGCAUCAGCGUAACUAUCCCGCAGUCCUGCACCAGUAACCGUCCUGCACUAGUUGCAGCAGUAACUAUCCCGCAGUCCUGCACCAGCUACAAUGUGAGCAUCACUGUAACCAUCCCGCAGUCCUGCACCAGUCACAGCAGUAACCAUCCCGCAAUCCUGCACAGGUUACAGUGAGAUCAUCAGCGCUAAUCAUCCCGCAAUCCUGCACCAGUUACAGUGAGAGCAUCAGCGCUAACCAUUCGGUCUGGGAGUUACAGAGACACAGCAUAUGCAUUCUGCUCAUCACUGGUGUGUAUACAGACAGCAUAAGACCGCAGUGUACCUGGAGAUCAAUAGAUUUAAUUUUUUUUUAUAGAAAAUAAGGUUUUCCAGCACAAAUAAACAACUGUAUAGAGAAUGUUAGGUAAACACACAUUAGGAAAAGCCUAUGCAUUUCUAACUCUACUCAUAAGUGACUGCCAAGGAGCGGCUUUAUUACAAAUCACCAUCCCAGUCGGGGCCUCCACUUACCUCUCCCAGUCGGAUACCUGGAAAUCACAUGGGACAGAACUGCUUCAUCAGGUAGACAGACAAUAUUUCUCCCAUUAAUAAUCCCACUGAUAAUAAAGCACUGUUUCGUUUGUAUACCGAUGCAAGCCUGUCUCCUAUUAUGUGGGCAGGACACUAGCUCUGGGGUAAGGUUACAGUUGUCUUCAUUUUCUUUGCCCACAUUACAUUGUGCGCGUUCAAUGAUAAAUGCUUCCUGGUAAUAAGACCCCUGCAGAGUUUCUCACUUUGUGUCCCUAUUUUCAGUGGAUAUACUUAUACACAUAAUUUAUGCAAGAAGUAUAGUGAAAAUUUUGUUCUAAUAAAAAUGUUUAUCAGAA